AUGGAACUCUUUAUGGAUUUGGAGCGUGCUUUUGGCUUUGGUUUUAACAAUGUUCGUUACUCCGACGGUCUUCUUCGUAUCGAGAUCACUAAUGGCGGUGAGAUCACCAGUGUCGAUUCGGUUCAGGAUCGCAAACGCAGGAGAAAAGAUGUCAUCACUAAUGGCGGUGGUGGUGAAAACGAGAAGGAAGGGAUGAGUGUGACGACUAACCCUCCAGCUCCGAGAGUUACAGAAUUACAUAUAAACUCUCUCAUUUUGGCAGCCAAAAGUCAAUUUUUCUACAAGCUAUUCGGAAUGAUUGAGUCGGCGAAAAAAGAUGUCACUCUGAGAAUAGAAGCUUCUGAGGAAGAAGCUGUAAUGGAGCUAUUGAAUUUCAUGUAUACAAAUUCGCUAUCAUCAGUCACUGAGGUCCCUGCUUUGCUUCGUGUUCUAAUGGCCUCACAAAAGUUUGAAGUUACUUCGUGUAUGGAAUACUGCACCCGUGUGUUGCUUAAUAUUCCAAUGACAUUGCCUAAUGUGUUUCUUAUUCUUCGUCUUCCUUCUUCCCUGCUACGUGCUGAGUCCGUAAGGCCUUUGAUAUAUGCUACAAUGGAUUACCUCAUCAUGUACUACAAGGAUAUAUCCAAGUUUCCAGUAGAGGAGCUGAUGGCUUUACCGUUAGUGGGUAUCUUUACACUACUAGCGAGUAACGAUCUUAUGAUUGCCUCUGAAGACAUUGCUUAUGAAGUUGCCUUGAAAUGGGCAAAAACAAAUUACCCAGUUCUAGAAGAACGCCAAGAGAUUCUAGGUCGUCUCACUCGCUACAUCCGUUUCCCUUACAUGACAUGUUCCAGACUCAAGAAAAUCUUGACCUCAGAUGACUUCACACCUCCUGUCGCGUACAAGCUAGUCAUGGAUGCUCUCUUCAUCAAAGCAGAGCCACUUGACCACUGGCCUGUUGAACGAGCCUACACAUACAGACCCAUCAAAACUGUGGAGUUCGAUGUGCCUCACCGUCAGUGCAUAGUCUACCUAGACUUGACACGCAAAGAAUGCCAUGCUAUGUAUCCAUCGAAUCAGAUUUACUCUGAAAAGUUUCACUUGGGAGGACAAGAGUUCUUGCUCUUAGCUUCUUGCAACAAGUACCAGCAAAAUGGGUUACACAGUUUUGGACUGUCUCUUACGACACAAGAAAAAGGGCAGGUGAGUCUGACUGUGGACUACGAGUUUUCAGCUAGGUGGAAGCCAACCAAUGAGUUUUUCAUAAGAAGCAAAGCAAAGUAUAAGUUCACUGGAGUUGAAUGUAUUGGAUACAUGGACUUGUUUGGGACAACAUGGGCUAGUUUCCUUGGUGAAUAUUCCCCCUACUUCAUCAAUGAUGUUCUUCAUCUCCGAGCCCAGCUCUCUAUCUGUCCUUAGAAUUAAACCCAUACCUUUAAAAUUUGUUAACUGCAUCCUUGUUUUUCUUUCUUUCUAAACUUGCAUUAUGAUGUAAUUCAUCUUUGGCUUUUUUUCUUUCUUUUGUGCAACUUCAACCUUUG